AUGUCGCUCAGCCCCAAGCACACGACGCCCUUCUCCGUCUCCGACAUCCUGAGCCCCAUGGAGGAGAGCUACAAGAAGUUCGGCGCCAUGGAGGGCGGCCUGGGCGGGCCCCUGGCCUCCUCGUCCUACCGGCAGCCCCCGCCUCCCGUCCCCCCGCAACCGCAGCAGCACCAGCACCAGCACCCCAUGGCCGCCGCGCACAACCCCGCCGCCGCCGCCUACCACCCCAUGGCCCACGCUGGGGUCUCGCAGUUCGCCCACAGCUCCGUGGCCGGAUACUGCAACGGCGGGCUGGGCAACGUGGCCGAGCUGGCGCCCUACCCGGACAGCGUGCGCGGCAGCGGGGCCGCCUCCGGGUGGUACGGGGCCAACGCCGACCCCCGCUACCCCACCAUUUCCAGGCUGAUGGGCCCUUCGGGGGGCAUGAACAUGUCGGGCAUGGGCGCCCUGUCGGGCAUGGCGGAGGCGGCCAAGUGCCUGGGCCCGGGCCUCCACGCGGCGCCGCGCCGGAAGCGCCGGGUGCUGUUCUCGCAGGCGCAGGUCUACGAGCUGGAGCGGCGCUUCAAGCAGCAGAAGUACCUCUCGGCGCCGGAGCGGGAGCACCUGGCCAGCCUCAUCCACCUCACGCCCACCCAGGUCAAGAUCUGGUUCCAGAACCACCGCUACAAGAUGAAGCGCCAGGCCAAGGACAAGGCGGCCCAGCAACUCCAGCAGCAGCAGCAGCAACAGCAGCCGCAACAGGCGCCCCAAUCCCCGCGCCGCGUGGCCGUGCCCGUCUUGGUCAAGGACGGCAAGCCCUGCCCGCACGGCGCCAACGGGAGCGGCAGCGCAGGCCAGAGCAGCGGGCAGCACUCGCACCCCUCGGCGGCGGCAGGGACGGGCUUGGGCCAAGGGCCGGACUUGGAGGAGCUGGCUCCGAGCCCGCCUUCCCUCCACAGCCAAGUGGGCGCCCUGGCCCAGAUGGACGCCGCCGCCUCCGCCGACUACAACGGGGGCAUGGUCAACGCCAGCUUGCUCUAUGGCCGGACUUGGUAA